UGGGGCGGCUGUCCUGGCUGAUCCAGCUCCAGGACUGCAGUGAGUCCGCCGAGCCGCUGGAGGCUAGCGCAGGCAGGCAGAGGAGGUCGAGACAGGCAGAGACAGCGAGAUCCUGAGCCGAGUGGAUCCCGGACGCGUGCAUCCCAGAGCCUGCUUCGAAAUGCAACAGGUCAUUCUAAGCCCUGGCUCAACCAAGCUGACCCCUACCCUACACAUUGGAUGGAGCUGAUCUUGAGUACCAGCCUGGCUAUGCUGACUCUGGAUCUUGCAUGUCAGCCAGAGGUGGCCCUGGGAUUCAACUUGAUCACGCUAACCCUGGAUCCCACACACCAACCAGAGCUGAUCCUGAGCCCCAGGCUAGCAGAGCCAACCCUGGAUUCCACAUGCCAUCCAGAGAUGACCUUCAGUCCUGGCCCAGCUGAGAUUACCCUGGAUCCCAACCACCAGUCAGAGGAGACCCCGGCUCCCAGCCUGGCUGAGUUGACCUUGGAGCCUGUGCACUGCCGACCUGAGCUUAUGGAUGCUUGUGCCGACCUCAUCAAUGACCAGUGGCCCCGCAGCCGUGCCUCCCGCCUUCACUCCCUGGGCCAGUCCUCAGAUGCCUUCCCCCUAUGUCUGUUGCUAUUGAGCCCUCACCCCACAUCUGAAGCAGCCCCCAUGGUGGUGGGUCAUGCUCGCCUGUCACGGGUGCUGGACCGGCCCCAGAGCCUCUUAGUAGAGACAGUGGUGGUGGCCCGGGCCCUGAGGGGCCGUGGCUUUGGUCGCCGUCUCAUGGAGGGCCUGGAGGACUUUGCUCGGGCCCGGGGCUUUCGCCAUCUACACCUCACCACUCAUGAUCAGCUGUAUUUCUAUGCCCACUUGGGCUACCGUCUGGGAGAGCCUGUGCAGGGCCUAGUCUUCAGCAGCCAACGGCUGCCCACCAACCUGUUCCGUGCCUUUCCUAGGGCUCCUGCUCCCCACCCACCCUCCAUGGUUCUUAGUCUGACUACCCAAGCUGCCCCAAGCAGCCCCAAGGGUCCCCCAUUGCCACCACCUCCUCCCCUACCCCAGCCGCUUACCCUUUUACCUCCACCUCCAGCAGGGCCCUUUCCACAAAACCUGCUGGAGACACAGUACCAAGACCUGAGGGGAUGCCCCAUAUUCUGGAUGAAAAAAGAUAUCUGAGAGCUACCUGAGACAAGGCACUGUCCUGGGUCACUGGACUGCCCAGGACAAUACUACCCUCAGCCUAGUGGCUAUACCUCAGCCCCUAGCCCCUGGGGCAGUUUCAGCCUGGGCAUGUUUCCUGGGUACUACUGGGGCCAGGAGAUGGUUCUGUAGUUAUGGCUCAGAGUGAUCAGUAUAGCUGAAUAAAGGCUUCUGUUGGGUG